AUGAUCGAACGUCGUAAUACGUUACGCGAGAUCGCCUUCUUGAGUGAAACACAAUCGAGCAGAAAAGUCAUGAUGUCAAAUAAAGAUAUUAUGUUUGCGACAAAACAAAAUCUCAAAACAACGCUAUUACAUGGACCAGCAGAAUUAAGCAAGACAUUCUUAUACGAGGCAGCCAUUUAUUGGGCAGAAGAAGGUCGUCGUGUUUUUUAUAUCACACCAAUACCUUUACAACAAAUUCCUUCCUCUUGUCACGAAAGUAACCCUUCGACAUACUUCACUUAUAAACUGAUUACGUUUGUAUAUCUAUCGGAUUAUAAAUCUUUGGUAACACAGCUAGCAGAAUUACACACGUUCGUUUCAUUACCUACUAUAGUUUUGUUAGACGACAUAGAUCAUUACAUUGAAGAUGACGCAAUAAAAAAACCAGACUAUUGUGAAGAAAAAACAAAGAUGCGUAUAGCCAGAGCAUGUAGCGUGAUCUUCGAUGCGAUAAAUUCGUGCUCACGAAUUUCUAAUACUAUUGUAAGCAAUUCUAUUCACUCGCACAAUGAAUUUCACGGAAGUAUUACUGGUUCAUUUAUCUUCUUAGGUACACGCGUGCAUAUGGUCUUCGUCGAUUUUAAGAAAAACCGAUAUGGAUACUACUAUAUAUUUUCGUAA